GACCUUUCCGCGCACCGUCGUUCUUCAACACAAAAAAAUGGCGUCAGCUGAUACUCAGCCGCGGUUCGGCCAGUCUGUCAAAGGUUUAUUAUCCGACAAGGUAGGCUCCUGCAGCGGAGAUGUGAUUGCGUUGACCCGCCAGGUGCUGAAGGGAUCCCGCAGUCAAGAGCUUCUUGGGCAAGCAGCAAGGAACAUGGUGAUCCAGGAGGAUGCCAUUCUGCACUCUGAGGAUAGUCUGAGAAAAAUGUCCAUUAUCACAACUCAUUUACAGUACCAACAGGAGGCCAUCCAGAAGAACGUGGAGCACUCAAAGAACCUGCAGGACCAGCUGACACAUCUGCUGAAGUGACAGAGCUCCGAGGACAAGACGUAUGACGACACACAUCCAACCAUGGAGGUCUCCUGUGAUGAUGCUCUCAGGGGUCUCACCGCCUCCUGCUGGCCUGUACUGAGAGACGAUCACCAGCUCACCGCUUGCUGGUGUUAUACAGACACUGGGCUUAAGGAUAUCUGUUCAGUGGUUUAUGUGUCAGAUGAAUGUUUGAUCAGUUGUUUUAAGUUGGGAUGAAUUGCACAGCUGGACUGGUUUCAUGUCAAUAUGUUUUAUUUCUAAAUUAAAGAAGUCUUAGUGUGGUGUGGAGCCUCAUUCAGCUAAACGAGAAGAACCAAAAGAACAGACUUAUCUAAAAAAAAAAAAAAAGCAAUGCAUGUUUAGUCUUAAUACUGUGGAAAGCUUUUAUUACAAGCAGCAAAUAUUUGAUGUCAAAAUGUACGUUGGCUCUGAAUGGUGAACAUAUCCCCGUUAAAAUGCUAAAGUAGAAUAUGUUGAAUAAUCUCUAAACUUUUUCCACAUAUUUAUCCUGGUUCUGAUCUGAUAAAUAUAUACUACUAAGACAGAACCACAGUAAUCCAGAGUGGAUUUCUAUAUGGGUGUGAUGAGCUGAGAAAUUACUGUGACCUUAUUUUACCAUCAGCCACGAGUGACGAUGACGAACAAAUUUAUCAGCAACCUGAAGGCCAAACAGCAGAUCGACCCUGAGAGCAGCCCUGAGAGCAUGCUCAGGCCUGUUCCUUCAAACCUCACGUGUUCUCCAAGUCUGGAUUCAGGGUUUGCUGAUGACAUCCAGAGAACGACCUUCAGCGUCCACAGCUAGACUUACUGCAGAGCUCUAAAUCACACCAGUUGCUGUGGUUUGAUGAGCUCACAGAUACACUGACGAGGUUAAACAGCACACAGAGGACGUGUAAAGUUCUGUUGGAUUCUUCAAUGCGCUGCAUGGGACCACUGAAUGAGAGCACAUGAGUUCUGUCAGUUACCACUAGAACGGGUCUUUAAUGGCUUACUCACAUGUUGCAUAGUAGGGGCAGUGGGCUCCCCUCCCUCCAGCACUGUAUGUGGGUGCCCAUCAAGGCUGAUGCAAAACUUGGUCUCUGGUUUAACACCAAAUUAAAGGCCUAUUUGCUCUGUAAGAAAGCUGGAAUGAAUUUAAUUAUUUCCAAGUUCUAAAUUUAAAAUAGACUGGUGAAACCUCAAAUGGGAUUUCUACAAAAACACAAUUUGUAUAACUUUCCUGUACUAAAAGAGCAUUUCUAGGUUUUUUUGUUGGCAUUAAGACCAGCUUAGAUCUCGGACAGUGUCUGUUACAGCCAUGUGGCAGACCACCAAAUAGGAGUGCAGAACAGUUAAGUGGAAUGAAAAUCAAACAUGAGUUACACAGUUUUUGCAAAUAAAAAUCUAAUUGGUUUUCUUUCAGGAUUAUUCUGGACUUAGCUCAAUCUAUUUUCAAAUCAACUAUGACUAGCUUCCUUAUCUCUGUGGAAGAAAAGCAUCCCUAGAGCAUGAUGCUGCCACUACUGUGUUUUACUAUGAGACUGUAUUCAGGCUGAAGUACAUUGCUAGUUUUCUGCAUUUAGGCCAAAAAGUUAAACUUUGGUUUAAAUUCUUUUUGUCCAUCCAUCCAUUUUUUUCAACUGCCAUCCUUCAUCGGAGGAUAGUGUGUGUGUUUGGUAGUGUAGGGAGGUUGGAGCCAAAUGCGCAGGGUAAAAAGGAUUGCCAUUCAUGCUACAACCUCCCCUGCAGCAGGAAAUUGUUUAGAAGCCAAAUCUAAAAUAGCUCUCUCUGUAACAAGUGUAAAAAAAACCUCCAGUGACUCCUGAGUUACCUCACAGAAACUCUCACUUAUGACUUCAAGAAUAUAGUGUCCACUCUUUGCGAUGCAGGCUUUGUCCAAGCAGUUUCAGUGUGUUUAAUGGUUCUUACAGGCAGGUGUAGACAUAAGACUGAACUAACCAUUUAUUCAAUUCUGCCUGAUUAUUUUAAAUACCAGAAUCAAAAAGAGCGACCCUAACGCUGACCCUGACCCCUGAACAGAAAUGCUUUGACCCACAGAGACAUGGACUUGUCUGGUUUCUUAAGGUCUAUUUUGGGUACUGGAUGCAAACCAUCAAAAUGUAUUGUGUUCCCAGGACAUUUACAUGUACAGAAAUAAAAGCUAUUAAAAUGAA